AUGACAACGAAGAAACAUGGGCUGAUGCGCGUAUUCUGGCCCUCGGAUGCGCCAACAGACGAUGUACCAGGCGUACUGGUAGGAUGGAGAAACAGCGAGCUUGAUGUCGUUGUCGUUGGGGUGCUGCAGGGAGUAGAUGCUCGCAACGUGGAACAAGCUUUGAGGGUGCAGUCACUUUUUCGAAACACUCCACAUCCUGUUGAGCACAUACUGGACCGAUGUGGUGGGAAGCCAGUGCUGGUUCUGGGUACACUCAAUUCUCCAAAGACUACUCUGACAUUCGAUCCGAAACUACUGUCUGUGCGGAUUUCAUCUCAGCACGAAGCGCCACAUGUCCAUUGCCCAGACGAGACAGCUAUCACAAUUCAGGUCAUUGCUUUUGACAGACCGGACCCGCGACGCAUGCAGUACCUCUCAACGACCCCUAUCUCACUUGCACUUGUGGACAGACGAGGCGCAUUUGGCAGCGUAGCAUCGUUCGACCGUCUGGACGAUGAAGGCGAAGCUCAUACGAAGAGGAAAGCGAAACUUGUGGAAAGUUUGAAACACCAUACCGUGGUCAAGCAUCCCCGAACGCCAAAGGAACUGGCAUUACCUAUGAUCGUCGACCAAAUCAAUUGCUCUGCUGAACUCAAUGACCUGAUGCAAAGCAAUGUGAGCCUUGUUGGAAGUCGAUACAAGCGAAAGCUAAGCGUCAGCGAGCGAGUGGUCGAGUCAGCGAACGAUGCAUGGGAAUCGGUUUUCACAUGGAUGAAGAAGUACUUUAUGAAAUCCAUCUGGCCUACAGCGUCACAAAUACUGAUUUGGCUGCUCAUGCUCCAGCGCAUUGUGGCUGAAGUCGUGCUUUGGCUCCUAGACUGGCGACCUCUGCCCGAUGCAGCGGCUCUGAAGGACGUCUCCGCCACCGCGCAGCAAGUAGACAUCAGACUUCAGCAAUUCUGCUACUGGCCAGCACAAUACAUCACCUUGCAACGUACAAACAACGACUGGCGUAGCACUUCCAACAGCCAUCCGGAGUACAUUCGCUUCUACAACAGCUUAUGGCUCGUGGCGAACGAUGUCAUUAUCGGCAUCGCAGUAGGAUCCUACAUCCUGGAAAAUGCAGAUCUCGUGGCAAGGCAGGUCGACAACAUCGUCAAUACCUUCUCGAUUGAAGGUCUGCAAAGGAUGAUCACCUGGCUAACAGAUUACCCUGCCGGUCUCAAGCUCAACAAUGAGCUAGCAAAGUUCUUGGCCGAUCUCUUCCUCUGGGUCAUCGACUACUGGGACGGUAGCAUGCUCCAACUACGUCCACUCCUCCCGCACGUCGUGCGCGUAAUAGGCUUAUCCAGCUUCUUCGGAGCUAGUCUGCCAAUCUCACUCUGCUCGGACCUGGUCUCGCUGCUUACACUGCACAUCUACAGCUUCUACAUUGCCUCAGCACGGAUCUACAACUGGCAGCUCACGAUCAUAAUCUCACUUUUUCACCUGUUUCGAGGCAAGAAGCGAAAUGUCCUCCGCAACCGCAUCGAUAGCUGUGACUAUGAUCUGGAUCAGCUGCUACUGGGUACCAUCCUUUUUACGCUGCUCUUCUUCCUACUGCCGACAGUGGCAGUCUUCUACGCCACAUUCGCAGGCGCGCGGAUGGCGAUCAUAGCGCUGAAGGCGGCACUGGACACCUGGCUGGCCUGUCUCAAUCACUUCCCAUUAUUUGCGAUUAUGCUGCGGCUCAAGGAUGCGCGAAGACUACCUGGUGGCAUUCGUUUCCAGCUGCAGCAUGCUCCGUCUCGCAGUGGAUUACCGUCUAGCACACAUCUACGUGACUUGGCGCAAACGUCCUACGUCAAGCUCAAGUCAGUGCCACUACCACUAUCUCAGACCUUCUCUCAAUACGCACAACUUGGGCACCGGCUUCGAAAACACUACCUUUCACCUCGCGUUUUCAUAGCUCUGGUGUCAGGACAGUUUGUGCCGCCCAUCCAUCGCAAAAACCUGUACAGUCUACAGUACAGUAUGCUGCCAGUCCAGCGAGUUGGAAUCACUGAGCUUUGGCGGCUCAUCAAGGAGGGGCCGGAAGACACGAAUGGCGGCAUCCGGUCACCGUACAUGAAUGGACAUUCAACGGGUGCAGGUACAGCGAUGAAGGCUAGAGCUGGACGAGCAAAGCAGGUACCAUCAUAUUGGUGGAGUAGAUGA